GACCCCUCGAAGUCACGCCCAUACCCUACUCCUCGUGUCGCAAGACUCUAGUGACUCUUAUACACCCCUUUCAACGCUCUUUGACUGGAGACGCUGUUUAUACACCAAUUGCGCAAAACAAAAAACAUUGCGACAAUGUCGUCGACAAACACUACCGUCGAACCACCAGCAAUCAAGAAACGCGGACGCCCCAAGAAGGCUGCAGCCGAAGAUGCGGGGGAAACAAUAAGCGUAGAUGGGGAGAAGACGCCGGCUGUAAAAAAGGUGACUACAAAGCCCACAGCGCCCAAGCACAAACCUGUCGCGCCAGAAAAGGACAAGAAGACAAUCGCGAAGAAGAAUGCGCCGGAACAUCCCACGCCCGUUACACCAGCAACAAGCAAGAUACUCGAGUCCGUACGCGCCAAGGGAACACUGAGUAAGACAUUGCCCACCAAAACAACCAGCCUAGAGAGCAGGAAUAGUGGUACUCCUCUAGCAACCAAACCAGCAACAGCAACAACAGCACAAGUACCACCGGUCUCCUCUUCACCACCACCACCACCACCAUCCAAACCUCCCCGAACCCACCCCAUACCAACAGCCAUCCCCCUCCCGCAAAAACCCUUCCCAGCCCCAUCCCCCAUCUUCUCCACCUCCCACACAACAUCCCCCCGCAACCCCGUCCUCCCACCAAACCCCUACCCAUCCACCCCACGCCGCGUCCCCCCCGCGCUCUCCCAACACACGCGCGUCAUCGAGCCCACACCCGACAUACGGCUUCCGCCCAAGUACAAGCCCGCCGCACGCCGGGUCACGGCGAUUAUAGUUAGUUUACCGAUUGUGCUGGUGUUUGGGUACGAGUUGCUUGAGCGGUGGAGGGGAAAGAAGGAUGUUAAGGUCAAGUUUGGAGGGGAUAGAUAGUAGUAGGGGUGUGUGAGAGAGAUGUAAUGAAUGAGGGAAGGUGGAGAAGAGGGGGUGAAAUAUAUGAGUAAUGUUAUAUACGAACGGGCAUGACUAUGGGGCCGGGGGAAAUGAGGAUAAUAAUAGGGUAUAUAUACUUAUAUUAAAUUUCAACUGAUAAAUGUAUUGGUGAGUUAUUUCUUUCUCUGGUGUACAUUCUUCUUCUCACUACGAACUGUGCGUCCAUCUAUUCUCAAACAGACGAUAAUG